AUGCCGCCAGCGGAUCUGACUCCCAGUCUGACCAUCUCAGACAUCCAUUCCUUGAAGAAAGACCAGGCCCUGGAGAUUCUUGCCCAGAUUUCGCGCGUCGAGAAAAAGACCUUCCCCGCUAACGAGGCAUUCAGUUUCGGUGAGGAACUCUGGCGCAAGAAGCCCAACACGAAGGUCCUGUAUGUGACCCGUGCACCAUCGGCUCCGGGUGAUGUCCGCCCAACCUUGCUGGCCUAUGCCGUCUACGUCCGCCAGAAGGGAAUUGCCCUGCUGCACAAAGUUUGUGUUGGUGAAGCCUAUCGCCGCCAGGGUGUCGGGAUGCGGCUCAUGAACUAUAUUCGAGCUCGUCUACAGAGCGAGGGGUGUCAGCAGAUUCAGCUAUGGGUUGACAAAGCCCGCUCUCCUGCUAGAUCCCUAUACGUCCGCAAUGGCUUCAAGGAGCGUGACGAGAUCCCGGACUACUAUGCGCCAGGGCGUACGGGGAUCAAGAUGGUUCUCGAUCUCUAG